AACGAUUCAAUGGUGGCUUAAAGCAGUAAACAUUCGCAGACGUAUCACGUUUGGAAAAUGGGUGUUCCGAAAUUUUACAGAUGGAUUAGCGAACGCUUUCCAUGUCUGAGUGAAGUUGUAAAGGAGUUUCAGAUUCCUGAGUUUGACAACCUUUACCUGGACAUGAAUGGCGUUGUCCACACAUGUUCACACCCUGAUGAUGGCAAUCCACAUUUCAGAAUCACAGAAGAGAAAAUAUUUAAAGAUAUAUUUUAUUACCUGGAGUUUUUGUUUCGUACCAUCAAACCAAAGAAAGUUUUCUUCAUGGCAAUAGAUGGUGUGGCUCCCCGAGCAAAGAUGAACCAACAGCGAGGACGAAGAUUCAGAUCUGCACGAGAUGCAGAAGAAUUAGAACGCAAAGCAAGGGAGUCAGGUGAAACACUUCCUACAGAGAAAAGAUUUGACUCCAAUUGUAUUACACCAGGUACUGAGUUCAUGGUACGACUGCAGGAACAGUUGAAGUACUUUGUUGUGAACAAGAUCUCCACAGAUCCACUAUGGCAAGGUGUGCAGGUGCACUUAUCAGGCCAUGAGACGCCUGGUGAGGGAGAACACAAGAUCAUGGAUUAUAUCCGCCAUGAGAAAUCCAAGCCAAAUUAUGACCACAACACAAGGCAUUGCUUGUAUGGUUUAGAUGCUGAUCUGAUGAUGCUGGGUCUUUCAAGUCAUGAACCUCAUUUCUCCCUACUAAGAGAAGAAGUAAAAUUUGGUAAAAAAGACUCAAAAAAACCAUCAACACCUGAAGAGACAACUUUCCAUCUUUUACAUUUGUCCUUGUUUCGAGAAUACCUUGACUUCGAAUUUUCAGCAUUGAAGGACAAGCUACCCUUUGGGUAUGACCUUGAAAGGGUUAUUGAUGACUGGAUCCUGAUGGGGUUUUUGGUAGGAAACGACUUCAUUCCUCAUCUACCUAACCUACACAUCAAUCAUGAUGCUCUGCCACUCAUCUGGUCGACAUACAUCAAUGUGUUACCUCGCUGUGGAGGGUAUCUCCAUACUGGUGGCAAACUACACCUGGACAGAUUUGAGAUCUUCAUGACAGAACUAGCCAAGUUUGACUUUGAAAAAUUUGAAGAGACAUUUGCAGAUCUGAAAUGGCUUGAAAGCAAAACAGAAAAAUGUCCUACAAGGAAGAAAAACCACCAUAAGGAAAUAAGCAAACUAAAACAGAGAAAACAGGAUGAUAAUCAGUUUGCUGCCUUGAUGGAGGAGAGUGGAGUUAAUGUGGACGAGGAAUUUGAUGAAGACUUUAUGGAUGGGGAUGGAUUAGAAUUUCAUCACUUACCUGAUAUCAAACAAGACAGUCAUGGUUCCACAUUUGACGAGGAGUUUCGAGUACACAAACGUCACUACUACAUGACAAAAAUGGACUACAAACAGUUCACAGAUGAUGUGUUGAGAGAACAAGCAGAGUGUUAUGUGCGAGGUAUACAGUGGAUAUUGUAUUACUACUUUGAUGGAGUACCAUCCUGGAGUUGGUUUUAUCCCCACCACUAUGCACCAUACAUCAGUGAUAUUAGGAGUUUCAAACAUAUGGAAAUCCAGUUUGACCGCAGUAAACCCUUUCUACCGUUCCAGCAGUUGAUGGCUGUACUGCCAUCUAACAGCAAGGACCUAUUGCCUCAAGCAUACUGGAGUUUAAUGCUAAUGGACAACUCUGAAAUCAUUGAUUUCUACCCGGUCAACUUCGAAACUGAUCUCAAUGGAAAGCUGCAGGACUGGGAGGCUGUCGUCCUUAUUCCAUUCAUAGAUGAGAAACGUUUGCUCACUGCCAUGGAAAAAGUUGAAUGUCAGAUGACACCCUCAGAAAAGAAGAGAAAUUGUCACAGUCCAAGUCUGUGUUUUGACUAUGUCCCUGAUCUCCUGCCUGCCUAUCCCUCGUCCUUACCAGGAACUUUCUCAGAUAUUCUCAUCAACCAUGCUCAACUAACGCUGAUCCCCAAAGAUGAAUUCCAACUGCCUCGUCACCUCAUCAAGAAAGGGCUACUAAAAGAAACACGACAGGAUGUGUAUUUCCCUGGCUUUCCUACCUUCAAGCAUCUACCUCAUAAGGCUUACUUGAAGAAAGAGGGUGUGAAAGUGUUUUCAGCCAAUAGUCGUGGAGAAAAUAUGAUGCUUUCACUUCUCCCAGUAAAAGAUGAGGAUAUAAAGACUAUUGCCAACUCUGUCCUGCACACCAGCGUGUUUGUAAAUUGGCCUCAUAUGAUGGAAGUCAAGGUUGUCUCUGUUUCUGAUGGUGGUACACGAUAUGAACUUAGUACUACUAAGUGUGAGGGUGGCCAGACAAAGACGAGAGUUGUGGAGGAGGAGAUGACCCCCUCUGACCAGACUAUCUGGAGGAAGGAUGUUGUAGCUAUCAGGGAGAGGUAUCAUGACCGCCUCGGAGUGGAUGUGGGUCAAACUCAUGUAUCUCUUAGGGCAUUACCUCUUGUGGGCAGGAAGUAUGUUUGUGGAGCACAUGGAAAGAUUGUGUUGGAGAAACAGUUUGCCAGUAAUCCUGUGACUUUUCUUUACCAAACAUCUGUCAAGAACCUGAAUGUGUACGACACAUCUUUCUGCCAGUUCAGCACGCUUGGAGAGCUGUUUCCUGCCAAGGAAGCUGUCUUCAUGCUGGGAUGGCCUCACUAUGGUUGUCAGGGGGAGGUCGUUGAUAUAGAAGACGAUUCCCGAGUGAGAAUAAAUGUGUCAAUCCUUGAGGAACCUUCACUAACCUCUGUGGAGGACAGUCAGGAUUAUCUAGGGAUUCAGUAUUAUCCUGGAUAUGCUGUUGCCCCUCGGCUUUCCAUCACCUCCCACUUUCUGUCACGGAUGACUGGCUGCAUCAUGGUGACUCCUGGGUCACCUGACAAUCCAAAUGAACGUUUUAAAACUAAUAUCGGUCUCAACUUGAAGUUUACAAAGAGAAAUGAGGAGGUGCCUGGAUACACAAAGAAGACAGAAGAGGGAUGGACUUACUCGGACAAAGCCCUACAGGUGGUCAGUGAAUAUCUGAGAGAAUUUCCUGAAAUAUGGUCUUAUAUCAGUUCUAAAGACAGUGGCAGGGGAGAUAACUUCUAUGAGACAGAACUCUUUAAGGAUGGAAGCCCACACAGCCUGAAGAAGAUGACAGACUAUGUAAAGUCAUUACCUUGUAGUAAUGUGAAGAUCAUGAAGGCCGGGGCGGAGAUACUGGAUCAGGGUGUUAUCAGUGCAGUAGAGGAGGAAGUCCAGAAAGUCAUUGAAGUCAAUAAAAGGAAACAGCGCAGAGUAAAGAUGCAAGUGAAGCCACACUUGUUGUUCAAGCCAAUGGUUGGACAGGGGAACAUGUUACCAGACCCGUCUGUGGAGCUCUAUCUGUUUGAUCGAGUGGUCAAUGUAAGGAAAGGUUAUCCAGUACCGUUUGGUCUGAGAGGCACGGUCACUGGGAUCCAUCUAGAGGAAAAGGAAAGCGACACAAUAUAUGACAUAGUGUUUGAUGACGAGUUCCAAGGGGGGAUCACUCUAAGGUGUUCACCAGGCAAAGGCUACAGAAUGCCAAAGUCAGGACUGAUUAACUUAUCUCAUGGGAUACGGAAGAAUGAGAGAAAAACAGGAAAAGCAGCAGCCAACCAACAGGCUCUUUACAAGUAUCACAAUUCAGCCAAUCAACAGUCAUAUAACAAAAGGCAGCAGAACUUUGAUUCUCCAACAAGAUCAAACAAUAUGUCUUAUGCAGCAGCUAGUCAGGGAGGUAGAAGUGACAAUCGCUACAGAAACCCGGGUAAUUAUAAUGACAAUAGAACCUUUACCAAGGGAGAGAAGCAGUACCAAAACUUACGUUCUGAGCAGGAUAACAACUGGAGAAGGAAAGAUUCUAACCAAGACUUUAGGGGGAGUCCAAACAGAGUGAACAGCAACUGGAGAGAGGGAUGUAAAGAGAACAGCCAACACUCACAGUUGGAAAACCCAUCCCAGCAGUCUGAUUUACACUGGAAAAGUUUCAACGCAGAGGGUGGAGCAUCUUCUCCAAAGUUUGUCACUCCAAAGGUCACACAGUCUGCUAAAUCCACACCAGGCAAGAGGGAUGGAACCAAAGGCCAAACAGGAAAGGCUUUCGUGGAACCGCAGAACUCGGAUUUCCUAAAUAUGUGGCAAGAAUUAAAAUCCUCUGGGAACUUGGAUCAAUCAGGAAAGUCCCCUAGUAAGGAUCAACCAGGAACAUCAAUUAGUAUCAAUCAACCAGGAAAGUCUCUUUGUAAGGAGCAACCAGGAAUGACUCUAAGUAUGGCUGCUGCAGCGCUGGAAAAACUGCCCAAACCAUCUGUGCCUCCAUUAGAAAAAGAUCAACCUUUAGUUUCUGUAACAACAGAGGACUCCAAGAUUUCUGUGGAGAGUCUAUUUAGCCAAGCUAAUAAAUUACAACACAGUGUAGACAAUGAUCAAUUUAGUGCCAUGAUUAAAUCUCUGGAGAUAUCCAGUCAAGAUUCCACGCUUACGAUGGAGGAUGGGUCCAUUGUUGUUCGUAGUAAGAGUCCAGCCAGGGAUGCUGAUGCUGAAAUAAAACAGAUGUUGAACAUUGGUUCAUCAGCAUCUUCUUUGGAGCCUGGACCUGUUAAACAGCAGGAAGUCAACACAACAGUGAAUCCUAGUCCUAAAACCUAUGGACGACAAAUGUCUGUUCAGGAACUGUUUGAAGGUAUAAUGCAGCCAGCUAAACAUGCAGCAAAAUCUGAAACUAAUGCAACAGAGACAAUCAAUGAUGACAGAUCCCACCAUAGUGAUCCUAAACCCCAGGGAUCAGCAGCCCAAGCCCCCGCCUCAAAGUCAAACACAUCUGCAGGAAACUACACUACUUCCAACACAUCCCUGCCGCCAGGGUUAGUGCAUCCCUACCCCCCACCACUACAGGUCCCGCCUCCUGCCAUGAUGCAUCCAAUGACAAAUCGCCCUAGACAGCAGUCUUCACAAUACCAGGCCAGGGGAACACAUCCCAAUGUUCAGUUUAGAGGACAUCACCAAGGCAACCAACUACAAAAACCAGCACAAAGAAAUCCUGUGCUGGAGUUAGUUGCCAGGUGUAAAAUGAUGGGUCUACAUGAACCUAAAUAUGAUUUUCUUGGAAAGGUGGGCUCCUUCUGCUGUGUUGUUACUCUUUCCAAUGGACAUAGAUUCAUGGGGUCUAAAACUCGCACAAAAGAGGAAGCAGCUGAAAGUGCCGCAGGUGUAGUGCUUGUAAACAUGAUGCCUCCACAAGCCAUGCACCCUUUGAUGACACCAAGGGCCUUUGGUGGCAUGCCAGCCCAGAUGAUGCAGCAUCCUCAGUUCUCCUCACCUAACUCAGCCUUCAAACCUGUUUCUCCUAAAGAAUUUAUUGAACAUCCCAGAGGUCAUCAUUCACAACCACCUAACUACACUGGAAACCAAUCACAGAAGGGGAGACAAAACCAAGCAGCCAAUCAGUAUUCAGAUAACAGAUACCACCAACAACAGCAGCAGGCACCCCCUCACUAUCAUGAUAGUCGAGGACAUUACCAGACAUCCAAACAGGAUAACAGAAAUAUGAGCUAUGUACCCAAUCAGGGGCAUUAUCAGAUGCAAAGACAGAAAGUCUCACCCAAUCAACGAGCAGAUAACAAAGGCCUUGACAGCAAAGAUGCCUCUCCUCCCAAAUCUAAUCCAUUUGUACCCAUGCAGGUCACUCGUAAAACACCUAGUAAACGACGGGAAUCGGAGAGCAGAGACAGUAAUGGGCAGUUAAUGGACACAAGCCCCAGAUCUGACAAUAGCCCAUGGUCAGAUAAGGAUCACAGCAGGUCUGAGCCACCCAACACUGCCCGUGACUUGUUUGGUGAUAAAUCUCAAAAAUCUGUUAUGCAGGAGCCUCAGACAGCCAAGACUGAACUAAAUGGACAGGUUCCAAAAGAAGCAACUUCUGCCAAAUCUCCCCGACAAAGCCACCAACAGUCAAAAUCUUCAGGGCAGCCAACAAAACGUCGGUCUAGAAUGGCUGCUAACUUCAGCAUGGGUAACUAGAAUAUCUGUUUGGAAGUUUUUGAGGAAAAAAACACUGGACUGUUUUGAUGAAGUUGACAAUAAGGAUGAAUUUUGUGAUACUAGUUGUGAGGAUAUUGAGAUGUUGUGAGGACAAUUUAUGAGGACAUAUGUGUUGAUCAUGUGCAGAUCUAUUCCAUAUCAUUUGUAUACUGUUGUACUUAAUCUUUCCUUUAUAUGCACCGUAUUUAUCCUAAAAAAAUCUACAGGACAAAAAUUCUGUUUUCAACUCAAAUAAUGUAGGGUUUUUAACUGAAAUGUUCCAUAAAUCUUCAGACAAUUUUGAAAAUAUGAAGUAUAAAUAUGUUGAUGGUUAACAGCAAAUCAUUGAGUAUUCUACUCAGCUGUGUAGUGAAAGUGUUUGCCUGAAAUAUACAGCAAGAACUUAUUCCUGAACUUGAAACUUUCUCGCAGGAAAAAAACCCAACUUUUAUUUUUCUCUGUAAAAAUUCUGUGUAUGUUCUCAGAAUGAUAACAAGAAUGAAGUAAAAUUCCUAUUCUACAUGACUAAUCUAUAAAAUCACAAUGAUUUGGGAUUUCUGUAGCAUUGGCUCAUACAUGUAUUAAUUAUCUUCUAUAAAAUAUGUUAUACUUUACAUGUGUAUGUCAUACUUCAUUUUCAUGAAUGAAUUAUGAUAUAUCUUAUUUUACAAACGUGUUGAAUAUUUUCAUGACCGGUACAGUGAAUUUCCUGUGUUGCAGUUGGAAUAUAAAUAUUUUUUUUUUGUGCAAAGAUUGAAAAUUUUCAUUGUAAUGCAGGAGUACAUUUGUGUGAACUACACUUAAUGUAACUAAUCUUCUUCAUUAAAAAUCUAUAAACCGGAGAUAUAAUAGUAACUGUGAAACAUUUAUAGUACAACAGAGACAAGUCUUUUAUUUUUGUUAUAAAGAUGAACAUGUGUUUAAAUCAUUUCAAGUCAAGUAUGCAGAUGUAUACUGUGAUAUUAGAAUGUAGUUUUUAUGAGGAAACAAUAUUUUUAAGGUAAAUUUUAUGGUGUGUGUAUAUAUAUAGAAAUGAAUUGUUGUGAACCAGUUGGAUUUUCUGAGAUUAUAUACUAGCAAAUUCCUCAUCAAUUGCAUUCUUCAGAACUUUGAUAACAUUUGAACCUAACAUAAAUAUAAAUAUUUUCUUUCAUUUCAUCAUUUCUCAAAAAGAACAAGUAUAAAGCAGAAAAAAAACAUGAUUCGUUUUGACUUUAAGUUAAUUUGUUUUUGUUGUAAAUUAAAGUAACAUUUCUCUGUAUCAAAUUGUAUAUUCUAUAAAUAAGAAUUCUUUACAUCAAGCUCUGUUUUCUCAUCGUUUCAAAGUGAUCUACCUGUUGAUUUGGUCAUUAACUUUGACUUUGGGUUGUUUUUUAAAGCAUGAUCUAAACAGUAUUCACCCCAAAUUGACAGACACUGCCCUCAUUUUGACCACAUGAUUUUACGUCCAGAGGGUCACUUUUAACAUGUGGCAAACUUGAUAGUAAGAUAUGAUAUAGUAAAUAAAAUUUCUAGAAAUUUUCAGAAA